AUGCUCCAAAGAACAAUCCUCCGCGCCUCACGACAGGCCGCUCGCCGAACACCGGCCUUUGCGCCUCUGAGACAGCAACUUCUUGUCACGCGGACAGCUGCCACACCCGCCGUCCGGUGGUACUCGGACGCCCCACCAGCCAAGGAAGGUGAGGCUGCUGAGAAGAAGGAGGAUGCACCAAGCAAUGAGGUGACGCAGUUGAAGGAGCAGGUAGAGAAGAAGGACAAGGAGAUUGUUGAGUUGAAGGAUAAAUACCUCCGCUCAAUAGCCGACUUCCGCAAUCUCCAAGAGCGCACAAAACGUGAAAUCCAAGGCGCAAAGGACUUCGCCAUCCAGCGCUUCGCCCGCGACCUGGUCGAGUCCGUCGACAACCUCGAUCGUGCUUUGGGCACCGUCCCACCUGAAAAGUUGAACGGCGACAACCAGGAUCUCCUUGCGCUACAUGACGGCAUCAAAAUGACGGAUACCAUUCUCAUCAACACCCUCAAGAAGCAUGGCCUAGAGCGAUUUGAUCCGUCUGCAGAGGGCCUCAAGUUCGACCCCAACAUCCAUGAGGCCGUCUUCCAGGCGCCGCAGCCCGACAAGGAGGAUGGCAGCUGCUUCCAUACGCAGCAGAAGGGCUUCAGGCUGAACGGAAGGGUGUUGAGGCCGGCUAAGGUUGGCGUUGUGAAAAACGCAUAA